GUUAGUUUUUGUCCUCCAUUAUCUCAACGGAAAUGGAAACAGUCCCGGAAACUGCGAGUUUUGACCCGCUGGCGAGUCACGGAGGAGCAGACACAGGACAGGCGGCGGUGGUUUACCUUCCCCCGGGUUUCAGGUUUCAUCCCACAGACGAAGAGAUCAUCGUUGAUUAUCUUAAGAAGAAAGUCACGGACAUCGCGUUCAGCUCCGUGGCCAUUGGAGAGGUCGAUCUCAACAAAUGCGAGCCUUGGGAUUUACCCAGGAAAGCUAAGAUGAUGGGGAAGAAGGAAUGGUUCUUCUUUUGGCAGAAGGACAGGAAGUAUCCGACGGGGACGAGGACGAACCGGGCCACGGAGUCCGGUUACUGGAAGGCCACCGGAAAAGAUAAGGAGAUUUUCCAGUCCGGCAGAGGGAGUAGUAGUAGUGGUAGUAUUGUUGGGAUGAAGAAAACCCUUGUUUUCUACAAAGGCAGAGCUCCCAAAGGACAGAAAACCAAUUGGAUCAUGCAUGAAUAUAGACUCCAUGGCACCCAAUUUUACAACACAACAAGGGAAGAAUGGGUUGUAUGCAGAGUGUUUCACAAGCAGACCACAGGAGUUGUGUACAUGAGAAGAAGUCCGCCUCGCAACGACGCCGUAUCAAGGAUCGACUCCAUCUCCAUCGCUGAUCACCUACUUCAAAGCCCUUCAAAGCUCCCACCUCUAACCGAUUUCCCAGAUUACUCCGACGACAAACCGCCGGCGCCGCCUCUUCUUCCCUGCAAUCUCACCCUCCAGAAUCCGCCCUCCGCCGUCUUCUACCCUCCAAACCCUAACUCCGACACCGCCACGGCGGCGCUGAAGGCGGAGAGCGUUUCUCAGGACGCCGCCGGCGUGGUCAGCCCUGACGUCACGCCCACGGAGAUAUCGUGGGAGCUGCCGGACGGCGGCGGGGCUCUCGGCGGUCUGUACGAUGAUAGCAUGGCCGAUCUCGAUCGUUAUUAUUCGUUUUUGAAUUACUACUGAUCUGGUGAUUAUUGAUGAAGAAGAAAGAACAUAAGCUUGUUGUUUAGUCGUGGUUAAAGGCUAAUGUAGGCGUCGUACGUACGAUGAUGAAAUGGGGGUUUCGUGACGGUUCAGGUAAUUAUCCGUUAAUUGUUCGUCAUUAUUUGACUGAUGAUCUGAUUAGAAAGAAACUAAACAUCCGUAUAUUCUUAUGUAAAUUUGUUAUGGGGUUAUCGUGUUGGGGAAUUUUUGUAUGCCCCAAAACACCCCUAGUGUUUAUUGUAUGUAGUUUGCUUAAUACUAUAUAUAUACUUUCGAUUUUUUCUUUUCUUUUUCUUUUGCGAACUCCAUAUGUAAAUUUUAUGAUAUUGACAUACGGUUUAAUGUUCAAGUUAUGGUUCUCUGUGUUGUUUUAUGUA